CCGGUACUUAGAUGGUCAAUGAAGUUCUUUCGGUCCUCUCCGAUCUCUGUUCACUUCUGCGGCUUCUCACUCUGAUGCUAAGCGUCUAGAGUGACGAAGUCAAGUCACAAACAACUACAAGGUCGCAGAUCCAAUCUAUCGCCGAAACCAUGAAUUCCAGAUUCCUUUCUCACUGGAAGGACCCAUAGUACGUACGGUUUCUUCGAUGGAUGUAUCCUGAAAUGUUGGCGCGGGUGGUUUUGUUCGCUGAUCCAUCUUGAGGUUGAGGUAGAGCUCCGUCGUGCCUUCCGAGUACGACAAGUUGUAGUUUCCAAAUCGGGAAGUGGAGGGAGAAGCACCACAGAGCCUGAGAUCAACCUCGGAUGUCCAAGUUUCUCAAUCGACAUUGCUAAUCUCAAUGGAGAACGGUCAAGCCUGUCACGAAUAUGGGCCUUCUGGACAGUCUCCCAUUCAUCUCAUCGCUCUAUGGCAGCGACAAGAACGCACCGGUUAAGCGAUCAUGGUCCAGGAUCUCCCGUACGCACUCAGAUGUCGUCCCGCUCAACCCUAAUUCCUCCACAACAGAAGAGGCUCCAGUUCUACCUCAGGCGUUGGACCUACAGCUCGCAAACACGUUACUGAGCAGGGCAAGCCAGCAUCAUCUCCAGAAGGUUUCUGGCCGACAAAACGUUAAUGAUGUCGACGAAGCUCAACCGAAAGGCGAAAAUAUCUCCCCUAGAGAUCCUGAACUCAGCAAGCAUACAUCUGAUGCGUCUAAGAGGUUGAAGCCAACAGAUUCAGGUUAUGAAGAACUCGACCCAACUACUCCUGUCCAGACCAGUGGUUCCAAGAACUCGAAAAGAUCCAGAAGGCUGGAGGGUCUGAAGAAGUUGCUCAGUCGUCACAAAUCGCAAGAGCAGCAGAUGCCAACUGAAAUCCGGGUCGUUUCUGUGCAGCCUGAGGCUAAUGAGAUAGGCGACGAGGGCAGGAGAAGAUCAAAAUCUUCUCAAAGCCAUAUCGAUACGCACGAUGUUGAAGUCCAAGAGAAAGAGAACAAGGAGCCGCAGACACCAGGAGCGGACUUCCGGCUAGAUGAGCCUUCUGAACCGCGAAAGGUCAGCGAUCAAACUAUCCUGUCCUUGGAGUCUGAUAAGACAAGUGUAACUGUCUGCCGUCGACCUUCGAAACAUGCGUCAAGUCCGAUAGCCACGGUUGAUAGAAACUACAUGUACCAGAACCCAUUCGAGGAUGUCAGAGAAGCCUCGCAUUCUCAAACGGAAUCCAAUCCCUUUACGGACCGGCCAGCAUCCUCUACUCACUCCACAAGACUGUCGAGUUCUGCAUACAGCGACUCUGACGGCCAGCGGAUUAAUUAUACAGAACCUCUAUCUGUGACGCCAAAGGAACCGAUCAUCCACCGUCGUUCCUCAAAGAAACCAAGUAUCUCGCAAGAGGAUCUGCGUCAGCGAUCUUUUGCGGCUGGCAACCUCCAAUUGAGGCAGUUCGGUCAGCGACGAGCUGCCAUCGAAUACAACAGGAUGGCAGCGAAAUUGCACCUACAUCCUUUACCUCUGGGCUGUCUUAAUUAUCCUAUGUGUGAUGACCCUCUCCUCAAUGAAGGCCGAGGACCGAAGCGUAAGGAUGCUUUCUUGCGCAAGAUCCGUAGCAUGCGCUCAAGCCUGGCCCUCAGGUCGGCCCAGCGAAGCCCCGGGGGAAGGACUCUGAGGCGGAUCAAGACGCUGGCCAACCUGACCAAUCGGUCCUGUCAGAUGGACUCGCUUAAAGGCAAGAGCCUAGAAACGAUCGCUCGUCUGGGAGGGCACAGCUUCCUUACUCUACCUGCGGACUUUGCUCCGUGCACUCUCAGACUGCCUGUCUGUAUUGUAGCGACGGCUUCUUAUUUAAAAUGUUAUGCUCCCAAAGCACGAAACAUGUUCUUGGACUAUGGGGACCUGAAAGCUGCUGCUCGAAUGUACGACCAUUAUGCUAAUCAAGUACUGUCCGCUGAGAAAGAGAAGAUUAAGAUUGACGUGACUAUGAGAGAAUGCAAUCUCCCAUCUGAUUCGAUUGGCUCUGAUAAGGACUACCUAUUCAAUGAAGGAUUUCACGUCCGCAGUGUUGGAUGCGUUUUCAAGCAAUUGUUGGCUGGUUUGCCUGGCGGUAUCCUGGGCUCCACAGAGCUGUAUCGAACACUAGUUGAUAUCUACGAGCGACGUUUCUUCGAUGCUGAAGUAGAUAGUUCUGAGAGCCGCCUCGGUGGCAUGUCGUCGGCUGCUUCGAUGAGGAUUAAGGUCAUCACACUGGCAAUACUGGCAUUUACAAGCGAAAUGCAGCUUGCGCUUAUCUGUGCAGUAUUUGGCCUGUGCACCCUGCUGCUUCAUGAAACGGAGCGCCUGGUUGAGAUCGAGAAACAGAUGAUGAGCGAGACAUGUGCAGGGGCCAGCCUUGCAGGGCUGUUAGAUAUGGAGCAUCUGGCUCGAGUGUUUGGUCCGCUUCUCACCAGCGCCACUACUUCCGCAGGCCAUGAUCCCUUUGUCGAUAUCGAACGGGAAAUCCAAGGGGAAAGGGUGGCAGUCAUGCUGAUCGAGAACUGGCGGAGCGUCAGUAGACAAUUGAGGGUGUGGGAGGUGUUCCGGCAUCCUGCCGGAGCCGGACGGCCUCCAUCGAGGGUAUGCGAGGAGAAAGAAUAAAUGGACAGUGAUAAAAGGCAGCUCAUCAAAGAACUUCCUGAGGGUCUAGACGAUAGUCGGUCUGAUUAAAAGGUCGUGGCGGUUAUAACAGCUGUAUGUGAUAUUUAUAUCAUUAGAAACGCGUGAUGAGUCUGUCCUAUCAAAGCUGGAAAUCCAAAGAAGUGUUUCCUUUUCCUAUACUUGAUGCCUUGACCAAAGUAAACGGCCUUUCCUUCCUCACGAGACAGCAGCAAGGGUCUAACUAAUCCCCCAACUCCAAAAGUCUUCUCUACACAAACUUGGGAAUCCUACUGUAUCACAUUAUACAUGUUCAUAUUCAUCACCUGGAUAACCUCGUGAUCUAUAGUAGUAAAAUCGAAACAGG